UCACCGUCACCACAUACCGCCAGUCAUUAGGGACUGUUUGGAUAAAUACCACAACCAUGAAUGAUAAAUCCUCUAUUUUCUAGGGUUUUGAAUUUACUCUCGAUCUAUUUCUUCUCUCUUUCAAAUUAAAUUCUCCACAGUUUUCCUCUCUGAAUUAGCUUUCUCUCAUCGAUCAUAGACUAGGGUUCUCGAAGUUUCAUUCAAAAGAUGCCUCAGAGACACUCGAAGAACAACAACGAUUUAGCCUUCUUCACCUACGAUGAGAAGCGAAAGCUAGGGUACGGAACUCAGAAGGAGAGACUUGGCAGAGAUUCAAUCAAACCAUUUGAUGCUUGUUGUCUCUGCUUGAAGACCUUCAUAGACCCCUUGUGUUGCCAGAAAGGUCAUGUCUAUUGUAAAGAAUGCAUUCUGGAGUGCUUGUUAGCCCAAAAGAAAGACAUUCAAAGGAAACUGGCUGCCCAUGCUGCUCAGCAGAAGCAAGGAAAAGAGGAGGAAGAAGAAAGAUUAAUGCUGCAGAAAGCCAGAGAGCUUGAUGCAUUUGAUCAGCAAAAUCAUGGUGCAGUCCCCCAGUAUAACGAUAAGAGCUAUAACAGAGACAAGAAUGGCUUUCAUGGUGCAAACAGUGUUAAGACAACUUCCUAUGAGGAAGAAGCACUCCGAACCAUGAAAGCAUUUUGGCUGCCCUCUGCUACACCGGAUGCACCAGCUAAAGUAGAGGCCCCCUCCACCAGCACAGUAUGCCCGGAAGGCAAGGAAAAACUAAAGCUGAAGACUCUGUUCCCAAUCUACUUCACUGAAGACACAAGUGAAGAGAAGAAGUCCAAGUCUCUUGAUAAGAUCUUUGUCUGUCCUAGCUGCAAGGUCACUCUGACCAACACACUAGCACUUGUUGCCUUAAGCUCUUGUGGACAUGUCUUUUGCAAGAAGUGUGCGGACAAGUUUAUGGCUGUCGACAAGGUUUGCCUGGUCUGCAACAAAGCGUGUAAGGAGAGGAAUCUGGUUUGCUUGGAAAAAGGAGGUACAGGCUUUGCUGGUCACGAUGAUCAUCUUGAAGCAAAAGACUUCAAGCAUUUGGGGAGUGGUUCGGGAUUGGGACUGGUGAGACCUGCAAUGAAGACGUGAUCUCAUUCAGUUUAGUCUAGGCGCUGAUCCCAUGCUCUGAUGCAAUUUGAAGGUGCUCCUGGCGUCCUAUACACUUGCGUGUUGUUUUUGAGCAUGUUAGUAUAUAUGGUAAACUUGAUGGAUGGGUAUGGCAUAACCUACACAAUAUGCAAGUUUCAGCUGGUAAUGGUGCAAUUGAUUUCUCGGACUCGAGCCUCGUGCACAAGUUUAUCAUACGGGUGCUAAAACAUUGUGGUUCUGUGAUAUUAUUAUUCGAGGUGAUCUAUCUCUGUCCGAGUGCAACCUUCUCCUUUCGUUUGUUUUGUUUUGUUUGUAACAGAAGGCGUUGUAAUGUCAUGUUUCUAUGCUGACCAGUGAGUCAAUUUGUGUUAUUUACAAAUGCAUCUUUGCUGUGUAUACUACUAUACUGGUGCUUCAGAAGUUUUUUUUUUUUCACUUUCUUUUUUUCAAGAACUUUUAUUUAUUUAAUCACUACACAAUAUUUU